UCUCAAAGAUGACGGCCGCUUUGAGCCGCCCACCCACUGUCUUCGGCUCCCCCGAUCCAUCUUCCAUCCACCAGUGACCAGACCACCAUCACCAUCGCCGUCCCUCGCAAACCUUCUUUCUUUUCUUCCACCUUUUCCUUGUGCUCUCCUCUCAAUCAAGUGAAGUCUUGUCCCUCCCUUAAUCCCCUUCCCCCUGCCUUCCUUCUCCCACCUCCCAACCUCCCCCCUCAGUUCACAUCACCUUUGCUUCGCUUUGGCUUGCUUUCGUGCCGUCCUUCAACGCAAGAAGCCAACAGGUACAAGCAAGCCUCCAGUUUCAACAAGAACAGAACUUGCGAAAAGAAACCGUUGGUAUCAGCAAGCCAAGGAGAAAUCCAGCGGAGGAUUAACUUGCAAGAGGCGAAGGAAUCUCAGAAGCUGCCGUCGCCGCGGACGCCGAGGGAGUAGCCGCCAUGGUGCGGAGCAAGGAGGCGCCCAAGAAGAAGCCCAAGGACCCGCUCCUGACGCCUCCGUCCAAGCCCAGGGGCAGCUUCCUGGACGAGCCGGGCCGCCCGUGGAACCGCGGCGGCGCGGCCAUGUCGCCGGCGCCGGCGUCGGUGCCCAGCUACAUGAGGGGCACCAGCAGCUCCGAUGCCAAGGCCGGGCGCCGCGGGCGGCCGGUGGCGUCGCCAGCGCGGCGGAUGACGGUGGCGUCGGUGUCGGCGUCGGCGUCGCCAGCACGGCGGAUGACGGUGGCGUCGGCGUCGCCCGCGACGCGGAGGCCGGCGGUGCGGGUGCUGACCAGGGGGAAGGUGCUGUUCCCGGAGGAGGCGCCCGUCUCCGGCUCCGGCCUGGGCCGCGCCACGUGCUCAUCGACCAUGAAGGAGGUCAAGUUCCCCGACGCGCUCGACCUCGCGCCGGGCGCCACCGACGCCGAGGGCCCCGCUGCGCUGCGCGUGUGCCCCUACACCUACUGCUCCCUCAACGGCCACAGGCACUCACCGGCCGUGCCUCUCCGGAGCUUCCUCGCGUCGCGCCGGCGGCUCAUCAAGACGCAGCAGAGCAUGAAGCUCAAGGGCGUCUCGGCGUUCCGCAAGAAAUCAGGGGAGAAGAGCAGCGGCGGCAGCGGAGGUGGAGGCGCAAAGAUCGCGCCUUUGAUCGACGAGGAGGCCGUCGGCGACUUCUUCGUCGAGGUGUACGCCGGCCCGAGGGUGAGCUCGGACAUGAGCUGCAGCGACAUGUCCCUGGACGAGAUGGACGCCACGGUGCGGAGGAUGGAGUUCGUCGUUUUCGAUCGGUGUGGCGCGGAUGAGGACAGCGAGAAGGGCAAGGAUCUUGCUGUUUGCAAUGAUGGUGACCCUGAGCCUCACCUGAGGUUCCAGGAGAAGCACGGUGCCUUCAGGGACAGCUUGUCAGAGUGCAGCGGAGCUGACACCAGCAGUGAUUUUGUCGAGGAGUUGCCGUGGAUGAGGUACCACGGAUACGAAUACGAUGAUAGCUUGGAUGAUGAGAUCGCGGAAGAACAGAGGAUGAGAGAGGAGGAGGCUGGUGGGGCAGAGAUCUCUGCGGAGCAAGAAGUGGAACAACGAACAUCUGGCAGAUUGGCUGAUGAUUUCGAAGAAGAUGCUGCUGAAGAACAGGAACAAGAUUAUGUGGAGAACGCCUCUAAUUUGGUCAGUGGAUCAGAGAUCAUCUCAGAUCAAGAUGUUGCUUGCAGAUUGGAGGCAUGCCAGGAGGCAGAUGGAAGAGAUGAAGACAACAUCCUGGACAAGUGUUGUGGGGAGGCAUCUGCUGGACAAAGAAUGGCAGAAGAGCAGCUCUCUGAAGAUGUCUACAAAUCAGAGAUUCCUGAUCAAGAAGUAGCAGGAUGGGCGGAUACUAUCCUGGAAGAAAGCUGCAAAGAGGAUACUUCCGAGGAUCAAGAAGCAAAUGAUGAUGAAUGCAGCGUGGAAUCUGAUGGCGAAUCAGAGGUCAUCCAGGAGCAGGACGCAGAGGAUGAAGAAAGCACGCCAGAUGAUGAUUAUGAGAUGGAGAUUUCUGAGGAUACUAUCUCUAUUGAUGGAUGCAGAGAGGAUUUCUCCGAGGAAGUAACCUCCAGAGCUGUCCCAGAAGAUGAUAGCACUGCAGACAAUGCAUUUGAACAAUAUGUUGGCACUGUGGAUGAUGCAUUUGAACAAGACGGCGCCCCUGCAGAUGGCCACAAUGAUGCUCAAAAGGAAUUUUGUAUCACAAGAAGCAAACUUGAAGUUACCUCUAAAGAAACUGCUACAGCUCAGAAAACCUAUCAAGAUGGCUCCAUCGAUGACAUGGUUCCAAAGGAAAUGGAAAUUACCACCUGCAAAUUGGAAGAAGGUUUUGAAGAAUCUGGUAAUUCCCAAGAAAGCAACCGGGGUGGUAUCUCCACAUGUGUCGAUGAUGCUCAAGUGGAACUGGAUAUUACCACAUGCAAGUCGAAGGAUGCUUCUGAAGAAUCCAACGCCACUGAAAAAAGUGGGCUAAACGAUAAUGCAGAGAAUGUUACAGAUGGCGCUGAAAUGGGGCCAGAAAUUACCAAAUGCAAUUUGGAAGAUGCUUCUGAAGAAUCUGGUACUGAUCAAGACACUGCAGAAGAUGAUGAAUCUGCAUGUUACAGUGGUGAUGCUCAAAGUGAUUUGCAAAUCACCAAAAGCAUAUCACUAGACACUUCCAAAGAAUCUGCUAUCGCUCAAGAAGCUGAUCAGAGUGAUAGCUCUGCAAAUGUCAGUUCUGAUGCUCAAGAAGCCAUAGGAGACGCUGAUUCUGCAUAUAUCAGUAAUAAUGCUCAAGAUGAUUUGGAGAUCUCCAAAUACAACUUGGAAGAUGCUUCCAAAGAAUCUGUCAUUGCUGAAGAAGCUGGUCAGAGUCAUAGCUCUGCAAAUGUCAGUUCUGGUGCGCAAAAUGAAUCUGAGAUUACCACAAGUGAGUCGGCAGUUAUUGCCAUCAGCGAUGGCCAUGAAAAUGAUUCCAGGAUUUCUAAAUGCAUAUCAGAAGAUGUUUUUGAAGAAUCUGUUAUUGGUCAAGAAGCUGAUCAUGAUGAGAGCUCUGCAUAUGUCAGGGAUGGCACUCAAAAUGAAUAUGAGGUUACCACUUGUCAUUCAGAAGGCACUCAAGUGGAAUCAGAUGUAAUUCAAGAAGAUGAGGAUGGGAUUAACACUGCAGGUGGUCAAAAGAAAUCUGAAAUUACAGCAUGUGAAUCGGGAAGUGCUUCUCUAAAACCUGCUAUGCCUCAUGAAGCUGAUGGAGAUAUUAAUAUCAUACAUGCUAGUGACGGUUUGCAAAAGGAUACUACCAUGCCAAAACAUGAUGCUUGUGAAGAUCUUCGUGCUACUGAAGAAGCAGGUUUGCAAAAACUUGAUGCUUGUGAAGAUAUUUGUGCUGCUGAAGAAGCAGACCAAUCUUUGCAAAUACCAGCAGAUUUUGCUGAUGCAAAAGAACCUUCUAUUGACGACAUAUGCGGUGCAUUCAGCGGGAUGAACCUCAAGGGAGAUGUAUAUUUUGAUCCUUCCGAGUCAGCCACAUGUCCAAGGAAUAAACUGAUCAUCUCCAGGAGGAGGAGGACCCCUGAAGAGGAGGAAUACCUGCGAGGUUUCAAUCCGCGCGCACCGAACUUUCUUCCUCUGGAGUUGGAUCCAGAUGCAGAGAAGGUUGACCUGAAGCACCAAAUGAUGGAUGAGCGGAAGAAUGCUGAGGAAUGGAUGAUCGAUUAUGCGCUUAGGAGGGCAGUGACAAAUUUAGCUCCUGCUCGAAAGAAGAAAGUGGAGCUUCUUGUCCAGGCCUUUGAAACCGUCCUGCCCCAUGAUGAGGAUGAUAAGAAAAGCAUCACACCCACAAGGCCUGUCCAAGCCUGCAACUGAUGACAUUAGAGUUAGUGGUUACACUAAUGGCGAGGUUGAUGCUCGCAAGCUACUAACUCGGAGGUUGCUGCAAUAUUAGUGCCAGCGACCUGCUCCAAGUUUGAAUGAGAGAGCUGCUUACUAAUUGCUAGGGAUAACUAGAGAUCUCUAGCUGAGUUGUUCAAGAGGAGCUCACUCCUGCUCCACAAUGAAGGCUUACUACUUACUACUGAUCAGGAAAUUCCUAUCCAGUUGCUGAGUGGCAAAGGGAAGCUCACCAGCUUGAGUUAUGUAAUUUAAGUGUGUAUAUGUCUCGUGUGCUAAUGUCGUCUGAUAUUGUACUGACGGCUCUGUGAGGCUUGAAAACUGUCAAGGGCGAUGAGGUGCAUUUGCCCUUUGGCAAAGAUCAAAUAAAACUCAUCUUGAGUGCACAACUGUUUUUUACUGAA